UUUAAAACAAAAAUAUUGGCAUGGGAUUAUCAAAAGAUGUUUUAUCAUUGCAGCAGUUUAUGAGGCGUAAAGAAGUUUUGAAUUUGUAUAGAGAAUUUUUUAAACUGAUUCGUUGUGCUCCUUUAAAUGAACGCAAGUCUCUUCAACAGUGGAUUAGAGAAGAUUUCAAAAAUAGCAAGCAUUUAACUGAUGAUAUAGACAUUAAACUGCAACUGUCACGAGGUCGUCUUGCAUUAAGAGAAAUGGCAGCAGCUGUGAAUUUACCAAAAUAAAUUUAAAUGUUUGUUUGUGUUAAACUCAUAAUUUAAUAGAAAAAAAUAUAAAAUUGA